AAGUGGCCAACAACAGUGCUAAACUGUUUAGUUUCUCAACAACGUCAGCUUAGUAUGAACAGCAAACAUUAGCUGGCUCGGUACGUCAGUGAUGGAUCACACCGCCUUACUGCCAUCACUCCCACCACAUCCAUGUUAGAGCUUAUCACAAAUACUAAAAUAUGACCAUCUGAGCGCUGUAACGAUGCUGUAGUUGUGAGGAGCAGACGUGAUUUAACACUGCUAAAGCUUGUUAGGAUGUUAGGAAAGAGGUGAGUUCACUGUAGGACAGUAUAGUUACGCCACUUAUCACUCACUCGUGGUCACAGGAGAACAGAUCGCAGGUCACUCCACUCAAACAGGGAAUGUACAACUCCCGUUUCAGACGUUGGCAAAGUAUAUUUGACGACCCUUUUUUACUCAUUCCAACCCCCUUUUUUACUCGUUCCAACGCCCCCCCCCUACACAGCAGAGUAGUGUAGCUUCCCUUGCAGCAGAAAACGCCACCAGGCCUGUCGCUAAGAACGUGGAAGUGUAUGAAUGGCAUAUUGUUUUGAAAAUUUAUCGGAUAUUUCUUAGAGUUCUAUCAAGGAAAGUUAUAUCGUGAUAAUUAUCGUCAUCGUUUUAUCGCCCAGCCCUAUUCUCACGCAUUACUGCGCUGGGUAAGUGAAAACAGAACAGACAUUCCUCGGGUGACUGAUAACGUCAAUGCAGGACGUGAUCAGACUGAUCAAGCAAGAACAGUCUGUCCACAGCCAUUAUGGAUAUUAUAGUAGGGCUGCUGUGCAUAAACCCCUCAUAACCCCUCACAAUCCCUCAGGAAGAGAAGAGAUGUGGAAAAAAGUGAUGUGGUCAGAUGAGUCAUCCUUCACCAUAUUCUCCGCAAGUGGUGUGUCAGUGUUUCUCAGUGCUGGAGGACGGAGCGCUGGCUCAUAGCCUUCAGGAGCAGGAGAUCGAGCAGUUCUACAGCUCCAACGUUCAGAAGAACCAGGCGGUGCAGAGUGAUGUGCGUCUCGCUCGGAGGCUGCAAGACGAGGAAGAGCGGAGAGCCCGUCUCGGCCACCAGCUACGGCAAAUGGAGGAGCAGGACUGUGAGUACGCAAAGAUGAUUCAGGAGGAGCUCCAGAGGCACGACGAAGAAGCUCAAAGGAGGGAGGAAGAGGAUGAGGAGAUGGCCAAGCGAAUGCAGGAGGAGGAAGAGUUGGAGAUGCGGCGGCAGAGGGCACAGGCCGGUUACCAUGGAGACAGCAGAGCCUCUCCACUCAGUGAAGGGUUAGAGCUGUGGGAGCAGUUGGUGCGUGAUGCUGAACUGGCCCGUAUUCUGCAGGAGGAGGAAGACAGGCAGCCUCACCAGAAGGUGGGCUUUAGCCGUGGAUCAGAUGUGGAUUUCCGUACUGCUCAAGUGGCCCAAGAUGAGGAGAUCGCCCGCUACAUGCAACGACAAGAGAGAAAGAACAGCAGACGGUCACAUGACUUAGAGACCCAGGAGAGGUCUUUUGAUCUGAGAGGUGCAGACAACACUACAAGCAGAAAAGUGGAGCCUCUGCAGAUGCCAAGAGAAAGGCUGAACUCUGAGGGUCUUCACUCACCUGUGGAAGAGGACCACACACUCGAGCAGCAUCCACUAAGCCCAGCCUGCACUACUCUACGAACACAGCCUGUCCAUAACAUUGCAGAGGAGCUGGACCCAACAUUCACAGCCAGAAAGAGAGACAGCCAGAUGUCCAGGAGUCCGUCAUCAGAUAUAUGCCUGGCUCCCCGCACCCCUCACAGUAUUUUCUACGAUUACCUGCCAGAGCCCAACUUCGUCCCACCCACCAGACGCCACAGUGACAAACCAGGGCGACCCAAAGCCAAAGAGAAACGUGAGAACUGCAAGCAACAGUAACUUGAAUAUUCUCUCGAGUAUUUUCGCUGAAUCAGUGUUUUCUGAAGUUCCUCAUUGCCUUUUCACUUCCCAAGCCUGAGUGUGAGCUCACAGUGCCAUAGAAAUGAAAGCAGGGUGCUGAGUGAUAUUCGCUUUUCAAUUUAGACGAAUAAGCAGUUUAAUUUAGGGUGAAACAAUAUUAAACUGGUAACUAAUGACGUUCUCAUUAGAUUCAUGCACCGAGACUGGCCGACAAAUCAAACUGGUGUCUGUGUUGGCCUGAGGGAAAGACAGCAUUGCUUCUAGCGUAUACAGCGUGUGCAUUUGUAUUCUCAUGUCCAGUAAGUCGUAUUGGCAGCUUAUAUGGUUAGUCCCUGAGUCUGAAUACGCUCGUGCAAUGAACCUCUAUAAUCUUUUUAAAUGAUCACUCACAAAACACUACUUACUUACAGAUUUCAAAGAGUUAUAAAAUUAAAUUUGAAUAAAAAAAUAUUGAAAAAAUCCACUUUAGAUGGAUGAGUAGAUGUUCUGUAUAGUGUUUUUUUUCUUCAGCCUUCAAAUAAAAAGUGUGACACUG